GGAGCGGCGGGCCGAGGGGGCGGGCGGGCGAGCCGGGAGAGACCGGGGAGUAGCCCCAGCAGUAGCAGCAGCAGCCGCAGCCGCCCCAACCGAGUCCCGAGCGGCGUGGCGGGGCCGAUGCGCAGCGCCCGCGGGGGGAGAGCCGGACGGACGGAGAGACCGGCGCGCCCCCGACGGCCCGCGCCUCCCGAGGAGCCCAGAGCAGCCGCUUGGAGGGGCGCGCCGUGGGCGUCGCAGCAGGGCUGGGCAGGAUGAGCCCCCUCGGGCUCGGCCACUAGCCCCGCCGCUCGGUGCAUGGCCCAGCCAUGGAAGUGGUGGACGAGACGGAGGCUCUGCAGCGCUUCUUCGAAGGUCAUGAUAUUAAUGGUGCUCUUGAACCAUCAAACAUUGACACCAGCAUCCUGGAAGAAUACAUUGGCAAGGAGGAUUCACCAGAUAUCUCUGACUUGGACUCCCUUCCUGAAAUCCCUUCCUCAGCUGGCUACCCUCAUGUCCAGGCUUCCAACUCUGCCAUUGCAUCUGUCUCCAGUGCUAGCCAUGUGACCAACGUUGUGUCCAGUGGUGUCCUCCAUCAUGGCCCCCCAAGUACCCAACUCCCGAUCCGGCAUGGCCUCCAUCAUGGCACUUCAAGCAGCCAAGUUCCAAUCCGACAUGGUCCACCUUUUUCCAACCCUUGUGGACCCAGCUACGGUGCUCACCUCAACUGCAAUAACAACAAUGGCAUGGUGGUACCCAAGGGAUACCUUGGAGGUCCCUGCCUGACUAGUAUUGGCCCUCCAAUCAAAUCAGAGCUCAAAGCCUCCUAUGCACCCGGCACUUUACCCGACUCUCCCCCGGAUUCUGGAUCAGAAGCAUACUCCCCCCAGCAGGUGAAUGAUCCCCACCUCCUUCGAACCAUGACUCCUGAGAAUAUGUGCCAUGUGACCCCUCCUUCCCGGCUGGAGCAUCCUCCCCCUCCUCCCCCUCCCCCUCCACCAUCCCACCUCCAGGGGCCGCCACCUCAUCCACACCAGCAGCAGCAUAGCCACCACUAUCCUACCAUGCAGCGAGACAUGUACAUGAAGGCUGAGCCUCUGAUGCCACAGUUUACUAUUGGACAGGGCAUGUCACCAGGGGAUCUCCACCAUGCCCAGCAAUCACAGAUGCUUCACCAGCUUCUGCAGCAGCAUGGAACAGACCUUCCAGUACACUCUGCCAAGAAGAGGAAGCAUUCUGGGUCUCCCCCAAGUACGCUUAAUGCCCAGAUGCUCAAUGGGAUGAUAAAGCAGGAACCAGGUACCGGGUCUGUACCACUCAACCCUGACAGAGUCCAAACACCUCCCUGGCAUCAGCAGGGAGCACUCUCACCAGGUUUGAUUCAGGACAAUGACAGUUUAAACGGCUCUUACCUAGAUCCCAACUAUCAGUCUAUAAAAUGGCAGCCACAUCAGCAAAACAAAUGGUCGACUCUUUAUGAUGCUAACUACAAAGAGCUACCAAUGGCCACGUAUCGAGUGGAUGCAGAUAAAGGCUUUAACUUCUCUGUGGGUGAUGAUGCUUUUGUGUGCCAAAAGAAGAAUCACUUCCAGGUCACAGUCUACAUCGGCAUGAUUGGGGAUGCCAAGUAUGUCAAAACUCCAGAGGGCUUGAAACCACUCGAGUGCUUCUACCUGAAACUAAAUGGUGUAAAGCUGGAGGCCUUGAACCAGUCCAUCAACAUAGAGCAGUCACAGUCCGACCGCAGCAAGCGGCCCUUUAAUCCUGUCAUGGUCAAUUUGCCUCCAGAGCAGGUUACGAAGGUCACCGUGGGGAGACUGCAUUUCAGCGAGACCACAGCCAAUAAUAUGCGGAAGAAAGGCAAGCCCAAUCCUGAUCAGAGAUACUUCAUGUUGGUUGUCGCCUUGCAAGCUCAUGCCCAGAACCAGAACUACACUCUGGCUGCUCACAUCUCCGAGCGCAUUAUUGUUAGACAACGGGCCGGUUCGGGGUUAAAACACAAACAGAGGGCAGACGGGGACCCCGGAGUCUGCAGACAAGCCUCAAACCCAGGUCAGUUUGAGAGUGACAGUGAUGUACUCUGGCAGCGUGCUCAGCUUCCUGACACUGUGUUUCAUCAUGGCCGAGUGGGUAUCAAUACAGAUCGCCCUGAUGAAGCCUUAGUCGUUCAUGGCAAUGUGAAAGUAAUGGGAUCUCUUAUGCAUCCGUCAGACAUCCGAGUAAAAGAUGACAUCCAGGAGGUGGAUACCACAGAACAGCUGAAGAGGAUCUCCCGUAUGCGACUGGUGCACUACAAUUACAAGCCAGAGUUCGCUGCCACUGCAGGCCUUGAGAACACGUCUGAGACAGGUACUGUUCAAUUCUUUUCCCUCAGCAUGUGGCUCUUAGAAACUGUUACAUUCUAUUUCUGUAUAUAUAGGAUGGGAAACAUGACCUACCGUAUCCCCAUCAGCAAGUUUACUUCUGUGAACACAAACCUUACUUUGGAAAUGAAUGCUUCCUCCUUGGUGUCUGGCUAUCUGUGUGGUCUCAUCUCCAGCAACCCAUGUCAGCACACCACAGAGGACACAGGCAGCUUCACUGAUACAACAGAUACCCAGGGAACAACGUACCGUUGGCCUGUGAUGAUGAUGCCAUUCCAGGAAUUUACUUACCACUUCCGAUUAGCCAGGCCUGGCCAGGCUAACUGCAGUACUGCUGUGCAGCAGAUGGGCUCUCUCUUCACUGACUAUUACUUCCAGUUCUACUGGCUCUGCGAGUGAGUCUUGGGUUGCACCACUUCCCUUUCCAUAGGAGCUGAAAGACCCUUUGGACCAAAUGUUCUCUUCUAGUGAACCUCAAGCCCUAUCCUGGUACAGGCCCUUCCCCUUUGGGCUCUGAGCUUUAAGGAGCACACAUUUUUACCACUAGCAAAACAUGGAAAUAUCAAGGCAUAUUUUUUUUCUUGACAUGCUACUUGCAAAGGCCUGUCAUGGGAUAUUGCCAUUCAUUCCUUUUUCUUGUUAUUACACUGGACUGGUCUAUGCCUAAAUCUCCUGGCACACUUCGAAAUGCAGCUUACUGGGAGCUGAUUUUAAUACCCAGAGAGCCACUGAAGCAGAUAUGAAUAUUUCUCAUUGUUGCUGGGAGCCCGGUUCUAAAACCACAAACACUGGAAUUCCUACUGUAAAGGAUCUGAUCCAAGUCAUACACUGGAGUUUCUGGCUAAUAGCCAGCUGCUUCUCUAUGCUGUGCAGAAUUCCUGAUGACACUGGAAUACAUGACUGCCUAGUAAUUUCAAACAGCUGCAGCAACUGGGAAGCAACAGGAUUUCCCCCUGGCUUUCUGCUUUGUGAUAUCUAUUGCAUCCUAGGGAGAACAGACCUGAAGAACCUCACAAAGGCAGUUCUGCAAAUCUCAAGCAAGCAGCUUGUUUCUACUGUGCCUUCUUUUUCAGGGUUAGAGGAACAGGAUUUCCCUCUGGCUUUCUGCUUUGCCAUAUAUAUUACAUGCCAGGGAGAACAGAUCUGAAGAACCUCACAAAAGCAAUUCUGCAAAUCUCAAGCUUGCUUCUGCUGUGCCUUCUUUUUCAGAGUUAGAGAAAGAUACUUCUAAGGAAGCUAGUUCAAAUUUACCUGAGGAAAUCAGCCUCUGGCCUUGCCACUGAUGUCAUAAAACACACUGCGUGAUCGUCCCAUACACUGGAAGCAUCAAAUAUGCAUUCAUCCCAAGCGUCUGUGACAAAGGGCACAUGGCAAAGCCUGAGCAUGGCAUGCAACUUCUUAUGCCAGAGACUGAAGAGGAAACCUCCCAGAAGAGUUUAUUUCUACACUCAAAAGAAACAGACUGAAAAUCUUUUUGAUCCACAGGGGGUCUCUGCCAGACAGCAAAUGGAAUGCUGUUUUCACCUUGGGUUGCCUUCGAAUUCCGAGUGGAUUUUGAGUCACUUACUGUUACAUAGUCUUAACUUGCUAAACCACUGAUAUAUUUUUUCCACAAAAAAAAUCAGCUCUCUUAAUUAUUGAAGUGCUUCUGUCUCAUAGGAAACCAAAGUGGGCUGGUGCUGGGCACUCGCCUGUGCCUGGACUCUGUGUCAGGUGCUAAAAGGAACUAAGACAGGUCUGAUGUAUGAGCACAACUGCCCUGAGUAUCAGACUUCUGGCCUCCAUGCAAAGAGAGAAGAGGGAGAUCUUUGAAGUCAGGCUCCAGCUCUUCAUAAAAUGUGUGAUUUAGACCUUUGGUUGAGAUCAGCUGUAGGGAGAAGGAAGGUGAAGGGACGGAGGAGGAAAGUGUAUGAAGCAAACUAGCAAGUGGCUACUACUGCUCCUAAACCAACUUAUCAAACAGAAACCGCGGACACAAAUAUUCCUGCCUUUGUUUAUAGUCUAAAAACCCAGCUUUAAACCAGAUUACAGUAGUGCAAGGGAUAAAUGUGUUAACAUUAGGGCUAAGGAAAUGGCUUUUGUUCAAAAAAUGCAGUGGUGCCUGGAUGGAGCUGUCAUUUUAUUAAUUCCAAAAGCCAUUGUUAGCCAAAGUUAUUGCUGCUUUUAGGGUAAGUGUACAUUACAAAAUUAGACUAGCUUUUCCCUCUUCCCCAAUGAGCCUGGGAGCCAUCGUUCUGUGAUGGAAAUUGGGAACCUUAAUAAAGAAUUCACAACACCCUUAGCCGUCAAAAAUUCUCCAUAUUCUUCAGGGUAGUGGGUGGGCAGGCGUGAUACUUUAAGUGGUAUAAAACAGAUAUAGUUUUGUGAUAACUGCAAUACUGGGUAGGCAUGUGUAUAAGAAAACCAGCAGCUGACACUGUGGCAUGAACAUUCUUUAAGAUAGCAGCAUUUGCCAGGGGCACUAGUGAGACAGCCUAGGUAAACACCCAAGGGAUCCCAGGAACAAGACUCCAACAGGUAAAGGUGUAAUUAGUGGAACUCACCACUAGCUGGUCAGAAAAGAUGAGCAAUCUUAUCAGGGUUUGUUAUGUAAUGUUUCAAGUCAAAGGUUUUAAACACCAUUUAAACUGGAA